UUAGCAUUUGCGCUUUGUGAGUGAUUUGCAUGUUGAUUUUUGGCAUUUGGCGUGGCAAAAUCCGGCAUGAGAAAAAUACUCUUGCGUCAUGUCUUUACCAAGUCAAAUAAUUAGAGUUCCUGAGAACAUCGAUUUUCCAAAGGAAGAGGAAAACGUACUGAAAUUCUGGAAAGACAUAGAUGCGUUUCAAACAUGUUUGAAGCAAUCAAAAAAUAAACAGAGGUACUCGUUUUAUGACGGUCCACCCUUUGCUACAGGCCUUCCCCACUACGGACAUAUUCUUGCAGGCACCAUCAAAGAUGUUGUCACAAGAUAUGCUCAUCAAAAGGGCUACCAUGUUGAGAGAAGAUUUGGAUGGGAUUGCCAUGGCCUUCCAGUAGAAUUUGAAAUUGAUAAGUCAUUGGGAAUAAAGGGACCUGAAGAUGUAGCUAAAAUGGGAAUUGAUAAAUACAAUGCAGAGUGUCGUAAAAUCGUCAUGAAAUAUGCCACUGAGUGGGAAAUGAUCAUUACAAGAAUGGGUCGGUGGAUAGAUUUUAAAAAUGACUACAAAACUCUAUACCCAUCAUUUAUGGAAUCUGUAUGGUGGGUUUUUAAGGAGCUAUAUAACAAGGGUCUAGUCUAUCAAGGUGUGAAAGUAAUGCCAUUCUCCACAGCAUGUUCUACUCCUCUUUCAAAUUUUGAGUCUGGGCAAAAUUACAAAGACGUUGUUGAUCCCACUGUCGUAAUAACUUUUCCUACUGCUGAAGGAUUUUCUUUAUUAGCAUGGACUACCACACCUUGGACACUUCCUAGUAACUUGAGUCUUUGUGUCAAUCCUAAAUUGAUUUACCUGAAAAUAAAAGAAAAAGCUACAGGAACAUUGUAUGUGUUGCAAGAAAGUAGAUUUCCAGUUAUCUUUAAAAAUGUUGAUGAUUUUGAAAUAAUUGAGAAAUUCCCAGGCGACAAAUUAAAAGGGCUAAAAUAUACUCCAAUAUUUGACUAUUUUGUUGGAAAGUGCCCCAAUGCCUACCAAGUGUUGACAGAUGCGUAUGUUACUGAUGAUUCUGGUACUGGUAUUGUACAUCAAGCUCCAUAUUUUGGUGAGGAUGAUUUUAGAGUAUGUUUAGCAAAUGGUAUCAUUACUAGAGAUCAAGAAAUAAUUUGUCCUGUAGAUUCAAGUGGGCGAUUUAUAGAACCAGUCACAGAUUUUAUAGGUCAAUAUGUUAAAGAUGCAGAUAAACAUAUAAUAGCAAAUUUAAAGGCUCGUAACAGAUUAGUGCAUUCAGGACAAGUGAAACAUAGCUAUCCAUUCUGUUGGAGGUCAGAAACACCUCUUCUAUACAAAGCAGUACCUUCUUGGUUUGUUAGAGUUGAACAAAUGAGUCAAGACCUCUUAAAAUCAAGUGAAGCCACAUAUUGGGUUCCAGAAUCUGUAAAAGAAAAAAGAUUUGGUAACUGGUUAAGAGAAGCUCGAGAUUGGGCGAUUAGCCGGAACCGUUACUGGGGUACACCAAUUCCCCUCUGGAUUUCUAGUGAUAAACAAGAAGUUAUAUGUGUUGGCAGUAUUGCUGAGUUAAGUGAACUAACAGGAAAAGAAAUUAAAGACUUACAUAGGGAGAGCAUUGAUCAUUUGGAAAUUCCCUCUUCUCGUCCAGGUCAACCACCUUUGAAAAGAGUUUCAGAAGUUUUUGACUGUUGGUUUGAAUCGGGUUCUAUGCCAUAUGCCCAGUGUCAUUAUCCCUUUGAAAAUAAAAAGGAGUUCGAAGAAGUUUUCCCUGCUAAUUUUAUUGCUGAAGGAAUUGAUCAGACUAGAGGGUGGUUUUACACAUUAAUUGUACUGUCUACUGCACUAUUCAAUAAACCACCAUUUAAAAACUUGAUUGCAAAUGGCUUAAUUCUCGCUUCUGAUGGGCAAAAAAUGUCUAAGCGUAAGAAGAAUUAUCCUGACCCUCUUGAUGUAGUUAGAAAAUAUGGUGCGGAUGCAUUAAGGCUUUACCUCAUUAAUUCCCCUGUAGUCAAGGCAGAGAACUUAAGAUUCAAAGAGGAUGGAGUAAGAGAUGUUAUUAAAGAUGUGUUUCUGCCUUGGUAUAAUGCAUUUAGAUUUUUGAUGCAAAAUGUUGAAAGGAUUAUUCAGGAAGAUAAAAUAAUAUAUAAAUUCAAUGAAAAAGCAGAAAGGGUAAAUGUCAUGGAUAAAUGGAUAACUUCAUUUACACAAUCUCUUAUCCAAUUUGUGACUAAAGAAAUGGCUGCAUAUCAUUUAUAUACUGUUGUACCAAGACUAACCAAAUUUAUUGACAACUUAACCAACUGGUAUGUAAGAAUGAAUAGAAAAAGACUAAAGGGUGAGAAUGGUGUGAAAGACUGCCAAGUAGCCCUAGAUACUUUGUUUGGUGUCUUAUAUGACAUGGUCCGUGUAAUGGCACCAUUCACUCCUUUCCUGACUGAAUUCAUGUAUAAGACAUUAAGACAGCUGCUGCCUGGUGAUUCCUUGGAAAGUGUACAUUACAACAUGAUACCAGAACCAAAACUGGAUUUAGUAGAUUCCGAUAUUGAAAGGGCUGUGGAAAGAAUGCAAACUGUAAUAGAGUUAGGCAGAGUAGUAAGGGACAGAAAAACUAUUCCAAUCAAGUAUCCUUUGCCAGAAAUGGUAAUAAUUCAUCAAGAUCAGACAUACUUAAAUGAUAUUAACUCUUUAUUAAAUUUUGUUUUGGAAGAAAUGAAUGUAAAGAGUGUUGUUUUAUCAAGUGAUAAAGAAAAGUAUGGUAUCACACUCAGAGCUGAACCAGAUCACAAGAUACUAGGUGCUCGAUUGAAAGGAGAUUUUAAAGCAGUCACUCAAGCAUUGAAAGAUCUCAACAAUGAAGAUUGUGAAAAGCUAAUUGCAAAUGGAUAUGUUGAACUAGUUGGUCAGCAUAUUGAUGUGUCAGAAGUAAGAAUAAUAUUUCAAGCUAAAGGUAAUGAACAAUAUGAGGCCCAUAGUGAUAAUGAUGUAUUAAUUCUGCUUAAUGUAACACCAGACCAAGAUAUGCUUGAUGAGGGCUUUGCAAGAGAAAUAAUUAACAGAGUCCAAAAAUUAAGAAAGAAAGCGCACCUUGUGCCUACAGAUGAAGUAGAUGUUUAUUUUUCUGUUAAUAAGACUAGUGACAUAUUAAGAAUCAUUAAAAGCCAUCGGGAGUUGAUAGAAACGACUGUGAAGGCACCAUUAAAAACAAUUGAAGAUUUGUCACCAUCUAAGCCGAUUGUAAUUCAAGAAACUCAAGAAUUAAAAGGCUCUCAGUUACAAUUGGUUAUUACUUGGAGAAAGGAUGUGGAAAUGCCAGCAAAUCCUUGGGCAAAUGUCAUUCUUCAAAACAUAUCACCAAGAUUUGGUGCUGAAACAAGUUACGGUAGUAUUCUUCUUAAAGACAAGGAUAACAAAUAUUUAAACAUAGACAAGCUAUACAAGGAAAUUGAAAUUUUGUUUGGUUUAUAUGGUAUGAAGUUUUAUUUAUGGUGUGAUGGAAAUGAAGUUAAGAAUACGGUUGACUUGAAUACUAAAGUAAUAGUUGUUUCUCCAACAAAACCAAAAAGCGUAGAUGCUGAAAAUAUACCAUAUUGCAAAUUUGUUAAUGUUGCAAAUGGAAAGAAAACUGCAACAAUGUUUUUGGAAAAUCCAAGAGGCAAAUUGACGGUCCAGAACUAACAAGCAUUAUAAUUUUAACAUUAUUAUUCAGCAUCAAUAUUUAUUGUUUAUUGUUUUAGUCCAACUUUGAAGUCUUAAAAAGCGUGUUUCAUGUGUUAUUGUUGUCUUGGUGCAAAUAUAUUUAAUUAUUGCA